AUGGCUUUGUUUCAAAACUCACCCGACAUCAGCUUGCCUCCAUAUGCACCUCCAAUGGUUAAAACAGCUGCUAGUGGAACCCCUAUCCCACUUCCCAGCCAUGAACCGUCAUUAAACUCCGAGGGCUUCAGGGUUCUUGGUCUCGGCCCUCCGGUUGUCUUUGAGUGCGCUAUCAGCUUCACCAUAUACUUUUCGGAGAAGACCCGCCGGAACACCACCAACUGGGUGCCAGUUUGUCCCAUUUCCGACCUUUCAGUCACCUUUAACUCCCACGACAAUCUCAGCUGGGCCAACUUCCGAAAUCUUAUUGCCGAAGAAUGUAACCGUGACUACAAUCACCUUGGAAAAACCAUUGUUGAAGGGACCACUAGCUUGCCAGCCACCAUGACCUGGACUGCUUACAUAUUGAAGAAUAAGAAGUUUCCAAAAAUGAAUCCGCAUCCCUUGUUUGAUGAUGUCUCUUUUAAUCAGUGGACCCAGGAAAUCUGCUCGUCGAAACAAGCCAAAGGUGGCGUGAUCAUUCAGAUGGACAAUCCAAAGAACAAGAUCAUGCGUGCUUGUAAGGAGGACCUGCUUGCAAAGACAAUGAAAAGGAUUGAAGCUCGGCAACGGGGUCCGUCCACGAGUAGGUCUUUGAAGACAAUGGGAGAUAGUGAUGAGGUGGAUUCUAGUGAUGUUGAGUUCGAUGAUCUUGACAUACACGUCGACCAAAUAUACACCAAGUACGGAAUGAACUCGGAUUACAACCGGAUUCACCCAGUCUACCUUGAUCCAACCAACCCCAAUUGA